UGUUUCUCUCUCUACGCGCAGCUACGAGACAAGCCACACGUACUACUACUACCACCACCAGCACGCCCUCGGCUUCCUCCUUGCACUCUCGCACACCACCACCGCCGCCGCCGCUACUAAAAUAACCCAGCGAGGGAGCGAGAGGGGACAGGCGGAAUUGCCUGCCGAGCCCGAGCGAUCACACCAAACCGAGACGACGACGACGAGGAGGGGGCUUCGGUUCCUUCCCGGCGGAGAAGCAGCUCGAGGGAGAGAGAUCCGGCGGCGGCGGCGGCGAUGGGGAUGAGGCCCGGGUGGGUUGCCGGCCUGGUGGCGGAGAGCUUCUUCGUGGCAUGCCCCGCGCACGAGGCCCACAAGAAGAACGAGCGCAACAUCUUCUGCCUCGCCUGCUGCGCCAGCAUCUGCCCCCACUGCGCCGCCGCCCACCGCCACCACCCGCUCCUCCAGGUGCGACGCUACGUGUACCAUGACGUCGUCCGCCUUGGCGACCUCGAGAAGCUCAUUGACUGCUCCUAUGUUCAGACCUACACGAUCAACAGCGCCAAGGUGAUCUUCCUGAAGCCGAGGCCUCAGUCCAGGCCCUUCAAGGGCUCCGGCAACGUCUGCCUGACAUGUGACAGGAUCCUCCAAGAGCCCUUCCAUUUCUGCUCCCUCUCUUGCAAGGUGGAUCAUGUCAUGAUGCAGGGAGGGGACCUGUCCAACAUCGUGCAGUAUUACGGUGGGGUCGGCGGCGCCACCACCGACCCGGACCACCUUGCCUUCCCGCGGUUCGAGAACCUCCGCGUCGACGGCUCGGACCUCGACGAUGACACCGAUGGCGGGCAGGUCACCCCGAACUCGAUCCUCGAGGACCCGACGCAGCACUAUGGCAAUGGUGGUGGCGGUGGCGGGGGAUCGAGCGACAAUGGUGACACUAGGGUCGGCAAUGGUGGCAAUGCGAGGCGCGGCCAGGCGGCGAAGAGGAAGAAAGGGGGAGGGUUCUUCCCCCAGAUCGUCCUGUCGCUCGGCAACAGGAGGAAGGGUGCCCCCCACAGGUCCCCUCUGGCCUAAGCACCUUGUUGAUGCACCCUGGUGUUCGUUAUCACUGGCUAUAGCUAGUACUAGUUGCAGUUAUGGUGGUGGUAGCUAUUAGUAGCGUGUUGUAAUAGUCUUAUGAUUAGCCUUGUAGAGAGAGAGAUCGAUGAGAGAGCUGGUUGGGUCGGUUGGUUGGUUGCUUUGGGAGGGUCCUGGCCUUGUGAUCAUCUAGCUUUGCUAGGGCCAUGGCCACCUCAAGGCAGUUGUGUUGAUGAGACUCCGAGAGAGAGGGUGGCAAAGCAGUUCCCCUGUUGCAGGCCUAGGUAGGCACUGGUAAGUGGGCCCACACUUGCAGGCGGGGCCCAUACGAGGUGGCUACCAAUUUUGUAUUUGAUGCAGCAAGGGUUACUUGCAUACACUUCCACAACUAUAUAUAAAAAUUCUCCCCAGACUGAA